AUGGCUGAGACCACCCGUCCUCGUCGCCGUCAUCGCGCCGGACUUAGCCGGAUUGCCCUCGCCUGCGAGCGAUGUCGAGAGAAGAAGAACAAGUGCGAUGGCGCCUCACCCGUGUGCUCGCAAUGUCAGCGAGCCGGUGCCGAAUGCAUUGUUGUAGAUCGCUUGACCCACCGGCCGCUACCUCGUGGUCACGUUGAUGCACUGGAGCGGGAGAAUGAGGAGCUACGUCGGCGCAUUCAGAUGCUCGAGCAGCAUAGCAGUGCUCUCAAUGGAGUGCACGGUGUCACGACACCUCUAUCUCCGCCUCCAGUACCAGUGCCGGACGAUGGAACGCCAAGCGAUGUUUCGCUGGAACGAACCGCUCUUCAUCACACGACUGCCGGAGGUGACAUGUAUCUGGGCGACUCUGGUGGUACCUUCUUCGGGACGCUAGUUCAGAAGACUCUCAUGCGCUCGGGCUACCAGCAAGAGAACGGUCCCAUUCACAGCUCGCUUAGACUCAAUCUCAACAAUCAAGCAGAGGCCAACAAAGCAGCCUUCACAAGUCCUUCUGGACGAAUCGACGAAACAUGGUUGCCUCCCGAGCUCAUCUUCAGACUGGAAGAUGCCUUCUUUGACCACCGCUGGCCUAAUGCGCCCUUUCUCCAUCGACCCACUUUUCGAGAACGACAUCUCCAAGAGUUCUUGACCCAGCGUGAGGAUGCUAGCUCAGUCUCAAUUUUCUUGGCACUCAUGGUAUGCGCAAUGGGCGCAGUCUACCUCGAGCGACAGGACAGAUCACUGAAAAAUCUUUCCCUGUUGUGCUUUGCCAUGGCAAUGGACCAGCACUUCGAUGCAGUCAUUCGCAAGGGCGGUUUAAAAGCGAUCCAGGCUCUUCUACUGCUGAGCACCUUCGCCUUGAACCGUUCCUGUGGCAUCAACGCUUGGCAGGUCGCUGGGCAGGCUGUACGCUCGAGCAUCGCAAUGGGACUACAUCGACAGUACGGAGCCGCUUCUGAAAGCUCGUCAUUCCUACACAAGGAGAUGCGGAAGCGUAUCUUUUGGUGCGCCUAUGCUAUUGACAGAAACAUUUCAAUAGCACUUGGUCGCCCGCCGGCGAUUCGAGAUGCCGACAUUGAUGUUGAUCUCCCUGUUUGUACGACUGACGACGAUUUGGUGUCUUCAGAAGCUUCAGCGAACACGUCCCAGCGCCGCCUACCUACACCAAACGAUACCUCCUCUUUCAUCCACAUUGUCGAGCUACGUCGUCUCCGUGCCAGGAUCCAAGAUACCCUCUAUCCCGCAAAAGUUUCGCUCCACGAGGCUGCUUAUGUAUCUAUUCGAUCAUCCAUGCACAAAGACCUCGAGACAUGGGCCGCGAACGCUCCACGCUACAACCAGGCCAAGGUGUUGACGUUCCAAACCAAUGAGUGGUUUCAGAUCACUUACUCUCAAUCCCUCCUACUGCUCUACCGCCCUUCGCCGGCCUGUCCUGUCGCAAGCCAAGACGCUUUACAGAUAUGCUCGGAGAACGCGAUCAACCUCAUCACCUCCUACUCUUCGCUUUACGCCAAAAACAAGAUGGCCUAUACCUGGAUCACGCUCCACUCUCUCCUCAUGGCCAGCAUCACGAUGCUGUAUACUCUCUGGGUCAGCUCACCGAUUCGUGAACAAACAACCCCAGCAGUCGUGGAUUCCAACAUCAAGCAAUGUCUCAUGCUGUUCGAGGUCAUGCAGGAGACCUGGCCACUGGCUGCUCGUUGCCAUGACAUCGUCCAACGUUUCGGCAAAGCUGCACUGGGGCUUUGGCAGGAUCAUAGAAACCAAGAGCAGCCGCCACCGAUCACCAGCAGCGGCUCAGGCGCAGCUGAUCAUGAGAUUGGAGCUGAUUAUGCAGCCUGGUUUGGAGUUCAGACGAACAGCGCCGCUCCGCAAUCAGGACUGGGCAUUGUUGAUGCUCAGGAGGCCCCUUCGUUGCUCGAAAGCGGGGAUGCAACAGGUGGCCUGGAUUUGAUCAACGGUCUGGACGACUCGAUUUUCCAGGAUUUUGAUAUCAAUCUCCCGUUGAUGAUGGAUGCCUUCAGCGACCACGCAGGGUGGCAUUGA